CCAUCAUCAUCAUCAACAACAUCAACAUCUCUUUCAACACCAAGACGUCUUAGCUUCAAAUCUCAUGUUCGACGAUUCUACUUUUUGAAACAACAGCGAGGUGAUAAUACAACUGAUAAUACAAACCAAUCUAUUGAUACACUGGAUGAUAAUGGACUUGGAUUUGUACAAUAUAAAAGUGAUCGUAGAUUAUAUUUAUUCUGGUUACCAUUAUUGAUAGUUACUAUUGGUCUUCUUUAUUAUCAAAUUUUGGGUGAUCGUACUCUUCUUACUCUAUUGCAAGAUAUAAUUCCUUUCCGUCGACAUGGAUUAAGUUCUAUAGUUGGAUACUAGUCUUGGAAUGUAUGUAUGAUUUUUUUUUGUUUCUUUCUUUCCUUCCUUUCCCUUCCCCAUCCCUUCUUUGUUUUUUAAUUCUUUUUUCAUUUAUUUAUUUAUUAUUAUUCCAUUUUUACAUAUAUAUAUAUAUAUGCCUUUUUCUUUCCUUUUAUAUUCAUGCUUUUGUUUUAUCAAGUUCCCUUACCUUCUUCCUUUGUCACUUUUUUUGAUAUUGUAUUAUUUGGAUACCAUUUGAUUGUUAUAUAUAAAUAUAUAUUCCUUAUUUCUGCUUUUUUUUUCUCAUCAAUAAUAAAACCUGAUAUUUUGUCCAUAUA